AAAGGAAAACAUUACAUCGUUGAUAUAAAAAGAGCAAAUGCAUUUAAACAUUUUUUCAUCCAUCGAGGGACUAUUCAUAAAAUAUCCAUGAAACAGCCACAUGCGACAUCGCGGUUAGUCAAUAAAAUAUGCACGGACAGAAUCAGGAGACACAUGAAAUGGGGAAGUUUUUAAAACAGUCUUCAUGGCAUGAGACGUGCGGUGGGUAAAUUAUUACUCAAGCAAUUCAUGAAUUGAUACAAUAAUAUGAAAUCCAUAUUGAAAAAAUAUAUAAUUUGAUUUAAGAACUUGAAACAUGCGCAAUUCUAAAACAUUAAACUCUCAUACCCCCGUGUUGUUUGUAAAAUGGUACUACCCUUAAGGUUACCGGAAGUUGUUUCAGCUGCCAUGUUUGGUUGCUUUGUUGUAGGCUUCUACUAGGUUUCCUACAGAAUUACUAAGUGUGGAAAUGGAGGCAAGCUGGAGUACGUUUCUUUUCCAACAGGCUAAUGAAGCCCUCCACCACCAGCACCAGGUGGCCCAGAACAGCCUGCUGCCCCUUCUUAAUGCAGGAAGUGAACCAAUCGACCAAAAGCCUGUGCUUCCCAUCCAAAUCGACCAGAAGAACCCUUCCAUUGCUCUCGAUCUCCUUAAAGACAAUGUGGCCAGCGGAGGAGGUGGACGGCCACCCGUGCCUGUGAUCAAGAAGGAGCACAAAGGCAAAACGCCAUUUGUUUGUGGCUACUGCAACAAAGCCUUCCGCGACAGCUACCACCUGCGACGCCAUGAAUCCAGCCACACAGGUAUCAAAAUGGUGUCGCGGCCAAAGAAGACCGCGCAGACGGCCCCGACCAUGGUGCCAAUGAUCUCCACGAUGCAGCGAGAGAACAACGGAAAUGUUUCUUACAUCUCCACGGCGGCGGGCAUCCUUUCCACAGCGACCACGUCCGUCUCUUCGGGAGCGAGCAUCAUGACUUCGGCAAUGGGCAACAUUCCGCACCACCAGCAGACUGUCCCGAAGAAACCUGCCAAACCCGUCAAGAAAAACCAUGGCUGUGAGAUGUGCGGCAAGGCCUUCCGUGAUGUUUACCAUCUGAAUCGCCACAAGCUGUCCCAUUCGGACGAAAAGCCCUUCGAGUGCCCCAUUUGCCACCAGCGGUUUAAAAGGAAGGACCGAAUGACCUACCAUGUUCGGUCUCAUGAUGGUGGAGUCCAUAAGCCCUAUGUGUGUUCCGUCUGUGGGAAAGGUUUUUCCAGGCCCGACCACUUGAGUUGUCACGUGAAGCAUGUUCAUUCUUCCGAACGACCGUUUAAAUGUCAAGUGACGGCGUGUACCUCUGCUUUUGCCACCAAAGACCGUCUGCGUUCUCACAUGAUCAGACACGAGGGAAAGGUGACCUGCAGCAUCUGUGGGAAGAUGUUGAGCGCAGCCUACAUCACCAGCCACCUGAAGACACACGGCCAAGCCAACUUCAACUCCUGUAACAAAGAGGUCUGCAACUCUGCCUCAGCUACACCCGUGACGGUUUCAGCUCCCAACACUACGGCGAUGAAUCGGGGCAACGCCAACAACAACAACAACAAUAACGCCGUCACCAUAGCGGCGCAAAUGAACAUUAGUACCAACACGGUCAACAUCACGUCGCCGGUCAGCCUUCAGCACCCACUCACCAUCACCGGGCCCGUCAACAUCGCCUCUGUCAACAUCCCCGCCACCGCGUCCAUGAAUAUUGCCCACCCAGUCGCAAUAACCACACCCAUGCCAAUGAAUAUCGCCGGCCCGCUUAACAUUGCCAUGAGGCCAGUGGAUAGCAUGCCUUUCUUGUCCCAAGUCUUGCCAUCUUCCCCACCCUGGUAAAUAAAAUAAACAAAGAAACAAAAAAGGAGAAGGAGAAGAGCAUUGAACUGGCCACAACGAAAGGGAAAAUCAAAUAAAACAAGAUUCAGUGUCUCACAAUUUGCUCCUCAGGCCCAGGUCUUUUUUGUUCUUGUUCCCCACCCUAAAACUUUUUUUCUGUCACGCCUCCAAGCGGGUGCUGCAUUGACUGUGCUGUCUCAGAUGCAUCAUGACUCAUGCUACAAGAGUGAUAGGAGAUGCACAACGCUUGAGUCGAAUCAAAAUAGGACCGUCCUUGAAAAAAGGACAAGUUUAGGAUUUAGUUAAGUCAGUUAGAGUGACAAACUGAUCUGUACUGUGUCAGCGUGUCAGGCGAUUCCUUCCUCGUGAUGAUGGACUGUCUUGGAAGAUGAACCAGAGUUGUUUUUGGAGGGUGAAGAUGGGAGUUACCAUUGCAGAGGAGAGAUGGACCGACUUUUCUCCCACAGGCUUUUGUGAUUGCUAUGUACGCUAACGAAAGCCUGGUUAUCCACAUUUAAUGUAGGAAAUAAGUGUAGUUAAAAAAAAAAAAAAGGGAUAGCAGCUUCCAAGUGCAUGGGAGAAUAUUUUUUUCACCCUGAUACAGCUUUUCCAUUUUUUUUUUCAGAUAGUAGUUACUACGCUCUUGAGGUACAGAUGUGAAUUUGACAUAGUGUGCAUUUAAAGUUUUUACGUGUCUUUUCAAGAGGAUACCUCAAAUAGUGUCCGCUUGAUGAUGAAAUGUUUGUAAUUUUAUAUUUUUAUGGAAUCAUGAAGACUUGUGUUAAUAUGUUCUAACUUGUUUUACCCCCGCCCCCCUUCCCCCAAUGAGUCGUAGUGGAUUGAGUCUUGCACUGAACGCACGUGCGUCCUACACAGUUGAAGAGCAGCAGCAGUAUUAACAUGAAAGGUCAAGCCAAUCUGUGUCUCUCGCCUUCAUAGUGGUUAAAACUGGAAAGGCACGGGGGUAUCGUGAAGCAUUUCAAGCUUUUUUUGUCAUAAAAAUGUAUCUGAUGUGAUGUCUGAAUCCUCUAUCAACCUCCCCGCAUCACCACCGUUUAUCUCCUACUGCCCCAAAAGACUCACUCAGGAAACACACCUUUUGAAAGAACAUGGACUUCACAUAUUCAUUCUGGACUUCUAUGUGUUUGUUGUUUGUGUUAACUUUAUUUGGUUUGGAAAAUCUUUUGGUACCUAAGGAGAUUUUUCGCAGAACAAAAAUUGGUCAUUCGAAUGAUUACCAGUAAGGAACAUCUCCACAGCCUUCCAGGACAAAAUGUUAUUUUUGGGGCACAGCUACCGAUUGCUGACAUGUUUGUUUGUUUUUUUUUUUUUUUUUGGCUGGGGUGGGGCAGGUUGCUUUAUUUUGAUUGUUUUUAAUUGAGUUGUUGUUUUCACUGUAAUAUCAUACAGGUCACACUCAAAUCAUUUACAGUGUAUUAAUUCCAAGGGUCAUUGUGUAAAAGUGAUUCUGUUUGCCAAGUAAAUAUUACAGUACCUACAAUACUCCAAAAAUAAAUUUUCAAGUGAGCUUAUUCUUUGGUGAGUCAGGAUUUCAUCUUGAUUUGAAUGUUGAAUGUUUAUUUUUAAACUUUUUUUUUUUUCUGGGAGGGGGGUGUUUAAACUCCCUUUGUCGAAAUAGUUGAGUGAUUGUCAGAUGUCGCAUGAAGGAGCGUUUCAAGUCUUUGGUUGCCUACAAACCUGCCUACUUCCAUCAGGGCAAAAAAUAGUAUUUUAAAAGCAUAACCGUUCACUGACUUGCUGUCCAAUGGCAUAUCUACUGUACAUCUUGUUUUAUUUUUUCCAACAAACAGCAGACUCAGUCUGUUCUUCCCACUGAGGACUGACAGGCGAUUUUUUUUUUUUUUAAUAUAUAUAUAUAAAGGUAAUGAAAAUAUUUGGACGGGACUGAAAUUGCAUGACCCUGAACACUAUAACUAUGUUGAACUUUACAUAUUUUUUUAAUGAAUGCAUUGUUGUCUGACAGUGUUACAACUCCUGAAGACUUUCAGUUGAUGCUGGAAAAAAAAUGCAUUAUGCAUGAUUGUUGUUGUUCAGUUGUUGUUUUUGUUUGUUUUUUUUUAACUAAAUGUUAUUUUCCUAAUGUAGGCCUACGUAUUGCGUAGAUACACUAUAAUAGACUGUUUGCCAAAUUUGAUACAGCGAUGAUGUGAUGAACUGAACAUUUGUUGUUGUUGUUGAAUUGAACAUCUCUUUAUUUUUUAAGACAAAUAUGAAUUGGAAAUUCCAUGAGCCUCGUGAAAGCAGUUGAAUGUAUAUCUUUGUACAAAACUAUUUUAGGUCUGCGGAUAUGUUAGUAAAGAUAGAUGUGAAAGAUAAAAUAACCCUUUUUUUAAAAUAAAACUUUUGUAUUAGAAUAUUAACAAUGGUAAUUUUGUAUAUACAAGAAAGUAGGCUUUCCAAUUAGAUCAAACAUUCCUGCAUUUUUUUCAUGUAUGUUUGUCAAAUAAUUACAUGAACAUGCGCAAUGGUAUGUGCCUUUUAUUUGGGUUGUCUGAAUAAAAGAAAACAAUUUCA